AUGGCGCAAGGCAACUCUUGGUCUGAUGCCGCUAUCUCGACCGCCCAACAGCAAACCACUACUAUAACCAAGACCCUCGAGCUCAUCCACACCCAAACCAUGUAUGGCACGCCGCCCUCGUCCAACAGCACUACCUGGGCUAGCACCACCUCGUCUAGCACCAUCUGGUCUGUUCCCUCCAAGACCUCUUCGUCUGCAGUUUUGGCCGAGUCUUCCUCUCCGGUCGUCGCCGAGUCCACGCCUGCUAGGACCACGGCGCCUGCCGUCGCCACACCAGCACAGACUGUCAGCGGUGUUGCGCCCCUGAAGCUGGAUGCCGUUCUUGCUGUGGUCGCCGCUGGUGCUGUUGCAUUCUGGACAUCAUGA